AUGUUUCUGUCUCUACCCACACUGACCGUUCUUGUUCCCCUGAUCUCUUUAGCUGGACUGUUUUACUCCGCCUCUGUAGAUGAAGAUUUUCCCCAUGGUUGUACCAACACCAGCAGCCUGUGCUUUUACAGUCUUCUUUUGCCAAUUACCAUACCAGUUUAUGUAUUCUUCCACCUCUGGACUUGGAUGGGUAUCAAGCUCUUCAGACACAAUUAAUGUAAUGAGAGGUCACCCUAAAGGGCUCUGUGUACAUAAAGUCAUGUGACUUACAUAGAAUCAGGAAAAUGAUCUUUUAUUGUACUCCACUUAACUCUUAAUAGAAUGAAAUGAUUUCAUUUUCUUAGGGAACAGAGUAAGGAAAGUUAAAAUGAAAAUUCCCAAUAAUGAUUUCAUGAAAAUAUUCCCUUGUUGGAUUUAACAACCCUAAUUUUGAUCUGUAUAAAUGUUUGAUUUUUAGUUUUGAUUAUGCUUAUAAAAAACCUAAAUACAUUUCCCAAAAGGUUUUUGGAUUGGGCAGUGGAAGAUAAUUAAAAUUGGAGCCAAAUGUAAUGGUUAAAAAUAAUUAUUACAAUAGAAAUAUUUUCAGAAGUGCUACACCAAAUGAUUUGUUCAUUUAAAUAGUUUCAGAUAACUCCGUUUGAACUAAUAUUUAUAUAAAAGCUUACAAUAAAGUAGAAAUUGAUUAGUA